AUGAUGUUUCAAGGAAGUAGGAGUCUUUUGCUCUGUCUGUAUGCAAUAAAUACCAUACUUAUGGUUCUCUCCGUCGCUGUAGAGAAAAAGUCCUUUCUGAGAAGUGUGCGGAGCACCAUAGAAGACAGGAAGUCUCUAAUUGACCAAGAAGUGUACAUAAAGCUGCUUGUUGGAAUAGCAGAGGGGAACUGCAUUGUUGCCCAGCAAGGCAGUAGGCUAUUCAGGUAUCUUCCGGUCGGUGUGGAUUCUCCUUCAGGUCUCCAUUUAAUUGGACGCCAAGGAGCCUACAGACACAUUUCUUUUUCGGAGAUUCCUCGUCUUGAUCCAAACGUUCGAUACUUCUUCAUAGACGCCAAUGAUAUUCUUGUCCUCAGAAUGUUUCUGGAACGCGGCCUGCAUUCCUUCAUAUACACAGGGAGUUUUGGGUUUGGCUUCAGCAGAGAUGGAAUCAACCAAAUGUUAAUGAUUUCCCAGGAGUGCCUCGGAAUUCUUGAUAGGGUGGGGUACAUGGAAACGGAUGUAGAGGACAUGGAAAUUAAGCUACGAAAGGGGCGUCCUGAUGAGCUCCUCAUAAACCAUCCUCAAGGUUUAUUCGUCAUGAAGUCAAUGUUCAAGUAUCGGAACGAAUUUCUAGAAGACCUGAAAACUCACUUUACCGACUUCAUGAAUUCAAUCCUGCCUGGAAUGAGAGUAUCCUCCUUCUGCAGCACAUACGUAAAAAGCGUUAUCGGCUAUCUGGAAAGAAGAGGCAUUCUUGUGUCGACCCCACCGAUCAAAGAAUAUCCCGAGCUAAUCCAUUACCUGUUCCCCUACAGAGUAGUCCCAGAUGUGCCCAACCUCUCCGACGAAGAGUUGGUUGUGGGAGGCAUUUCCCUGGAUGGAGUCUUACAAAACGACUAUCUGAAAGACCUGUUUAAUCCCGAGCAGGUAGAAAGGAUAGUUAAGAAUGGAAGCAGGUUUAUAUUUACAAGCCAUAUAUCCGCGGAUGGUCGGAAGAGAAAAUAUGGCGUUAGCUUCGUCUAG